AUGGAAAACGACGCACGAAAGAUGGACAUCCGCUUCCACCUCCGGAACGACUGGCCCGAGCCGGCCAAGGACGACUGGCCCGCGCCGGUCCAAGUCACCAUCGCGCCCGACGCCGCCGCCGCCGGCCUGACCGAGGACCUCGCCCUCAACUUCACAGCCUUCCGCGACUGGAGCCGCACGCUGCGCAAGAACCUCUCGCUGCAGGCCUCCAAAUCCGGCCACACCUUCUCCCAGGACCCGUGGACCCUCGACCGCAUCAACAUCCACGCCGCCACCUUCUUCGGCCCGCGCGUCGGCUUCAUGCAGAUCGAGGCCAAGCUGCGCCGCGACAACGAAGAGCCGCGCCGGCUCGAGCGCGUCGUCUUCCUGCGCGGCGGCAGCGUGGCCAUGCUCAUGAUCCUGCGCCCGCGCGACUCGCGCAACGAGCGCUACGUCAUCAUGACGGAGCAGCCGCGCGUGGGCGCCGGCUCCAUGUGCUUCCUCGAGAUCCCCGCGGGCAUGCUCGACGACUCGCCCGAGGUGCGCGGCAAGGUGCUCGAGGAGAUCAAGGAGGAGACGGGCUUCGCCAUCCAGAAGGACGAGCUCAUCGACCUCACCGAGCUCGCCCUGCGCGACGACGUCACCCCGGACGACGUGCGCGCCGCAAUGUACCCCAGCCCCGCCAACCUGGACGAGUUCAUCCCGCUGUUCGUGUGGGAGAAGGAGCUGGACCGCCAGGAGAUCGAGGAGCUGAAGGGGAAGCUGACGGGGCUGAGGAAGCACCAGGAGAUGAUCACCCUCGUCAUCUGCCACUACGAGGAGAUUUGGCGCAAGGGCGCGAGGGAUGCGAAGACGUUGGCUGCUUGGGCGCUGUAUGAGGGGUUGAGCCGGGAGGGGAAGAUUCAGAAGGAGUUGCUGAGAAUACGCACGGGGCGUAUCGAAUAG